AUGGUAAGAAUUGUCAACGGAGUAGUAGUUCGGGAUGAAUCAUUAAAAAAUAAAGGACCAAGGCUAGCACAAACACCUAAAAAGCCAAACUAUCAACUAUUCCCUACCACUACAGACAAAUUAGGGAUUUUAGCAAAGAAAGUUUCUCUUUUCGGAUUCGAGUGUGAAAUUAUUUGGAUUCUCUUUCUUGCAUUUAUCUAUUACUACACACGAAGCUACAUCUGGCUAAUUGUCUUUACCUUCUUACUUUGGCUUUACUACAGGAACUCUCUGCAAGGACUAAAAAAUAGCAAUGUUAUAAGGAUGACUGAUUAUAGAGAGCAGCAAGGAUAA